UCCUCCUCCUCCUCCUCCGCCUCCGCCUCCGCCGCCGCCGCCGCCGCCUCCUACUCCUCCACCGCCUCCGCCUCGGAGCUCCGGCAGCCCCUGGGCUGCGACCGCAGGAAGGAAGGAGCCCCUCGCCCGCCCCGACGCCCGGCCCGCCCGCUUCGCCCCGGCCCGUCUCCCCAUGACUGCAUCCGGCCCCGCUACCGGCGGACGUCGCCCCAGCGCCCGGGUUUAACACGGAAGCGCGGGUCGGGGCCCUCGGAGGGAGGAAGAGGGAGACCCGGCAAGUCCCGCGUCCCUCUCGGCCCGGCGCGGUGCCUCGGCCGGAGCCAUGACCUCGCUGACCCAGCGCAGCUCGGGGCUGGUGCAGCGGCGCACCGAGGCCUCCCGCAACGCCGCCGACAAGGAGCGGGCGGCUGGUGGCGGCGGCGGCAACGGCGAGGACGACGCGCAGAGCCGCCGCGACGAGCAGGACGAAGACGACAAGGGCGACUCAAAGGAAACGCGGCUGACCCUGAUGGAGGAGGUGCUCCUUCUGGGCCUCAAGGACCGAGAGGGUUACACAUCAUUUUGGAAUGACUGUAUAUCAUCUGGAUUACGUGGCUGUAUGUUAAUUGAAUUAGCGUUGAGAGGAAGGUUACAGCUAGAGGCUUGUGGAAUGAGACGUAAAAGUCUGUUAACAAGAAAGGUGAUUUGUAAGUCAGAUGCUCCAACAGGGGAUGUUCUUCUUGAUGAAGCUCUAAAGCACGUGAAGGAGACUCAGCCUCCAGAAACGGUCCAGAACUGGAUUGAAUUACUUAGUGGUGAGACGUGGAAUCCGUUAAAAUUGCAUUAUCAGUUAAGAAACGUGCGGGAACGAUUAGCUAAAAACCUGGUAGAAAAGGGCGUAUUGACAACCGAGAAACAGAACUUCCUUCUUUUUGACAUGACGACACAUCCCCUCACCAACAACAACAUUAAGCAGCGCCUCAUCAAGAAGGUGCAGGAAGCCGUUCUCGACAAAUGGGUGAACGACCCUCACCGCAUGGACAAGCGCCUGCUGGCCCUCAUCUACCUGGCCCACGCCUCGGAUGUCCUGGAGAACGCGUUCGCGCCCCUCCUGGACGAGCAGUACGAUUUAGCCACCAAGCGGGUGCGGCAGCUCCUGGACUUAGACCCUGAGGUGGAGUGUCUGAAGGCCAGCACCAACGAGGUGCUGUGGGCAGUGGUGGCCGCCUUCACCAAGUGACCCUGCGCAGAACCGAGCGUCCUCCUUUCUCUCGCGGCAACCAGUCAUUUUCCUUCCAGGGACUUCUGGUUUUCUGCAGUUGGUACUUCCCACACUAUAAUUGGCUUUUGUUUUAUGAAAUGGUGGGUGGCUUUUUCUUUUGUGUAUGUAUGCAGGAUUCUGCUGGUACGAGAGGCCUUCCUCUUUCUGUUGUGAGAAAAGUUUCACCACCAUACUGGCAUUCCAUUGCUUGUUGCCCGUUUGGGCUCUGGUGUGCUUUGACUGUCAGAGCACCUCCAGGGUCCCCACACGCACAUCUUGUGGAUUACCUCAGGUUGAGUUUCUCCCACAUGUGCAUGUACAUCUCGCAUUCUGCCUGCAAUUCAGACAGAAGUCACAAAAAGGCCUUUAACUCACCAAAGGUAAAUAUCUGUAUCUAUUAGGACGUUUUAUACAUAGACCUCAGUUGAGAUGUAUACUUAGCAAAAUUAUUUUUAAAUUGAAAUACACAGUAAAUAAUAUAAAGUGCCCCUUGGAUCUUGCUUCCCAUGUAAAUCUGUUGUAUUAUUACACUUGUUAUAAUUUUAACUAUUAAAUCAUAAAGGUCCAGUUGUUUCACACAGCCAGUUUGAGAUGGGCUGCAUUCCAGUUAUGCUGUAUAUAGUUUGAAUUAUAUAGAAGUUGUUCCUUCUUCUGGCCACCACUGCCCAUCUUAGUAUCUUGCAGGGUUUAAUUAGUUGUACACCUGGUGCCCCUUACUUGCUACAGUCAUUGUAAUUUGAUGGCAAAAUAGACCUCUCACCAUUGAAGGAGAGAGAAAACGUGUGUCUGAUUGGUCCCAAGAUUUCGUGAGCUGUGCCAUUCGUGGUACUCUCUGCCUAUGCAUCUCCUUUCUGGAAUUUUUUUCAGUCUUAUUAUUUUUAUCAUUUCUGUAGAGAAGAGGCUUGUGACCAGUACUAAUCUUGAGUACAGUUUUAUCUUUUUCUGUCCACAAGUAAAUUA